UCCUCCCUGCUAUCAGUGAUGAAGAUGAAGUGUGAGAAAACAGCAUUUUCUCACACACUUUUCGGGAAGCAGGAGGACUCAUACAGGGUUUCUUUGAAAAUGCUGUCACAAGACUGGAAAAGAUUAUCUCAAAUUAUCACAUCUAACAGUCAGCUGCUGCAUGGGUGGAGAGCUACUGACACAUGUUUUAACCGCUGUGUGCUACAUGAACAACAGAUCCACACAUAAAUAUAUAUAGGACAUUGUUUUACCAGGAUUCUCACAACAGUGGGUUCAAACAAGAUCAAUCUGAGGAGCCGCAAACUGGUAAUCAGUGAGGGGUGCUCAAAAUAACUUCCUGCAUUGUUAUUUAAAACUUAAAAACAAUCACUCACCUGUGGAACCAGGGAUAAGGUAUCACACGUAAAUGUGGAUAUCCCUGUCUUGAUGGCUGAACCCCGCUUUAACAACCCCUAUUUUUGGCCUCCCCCUCCUGCCAUGCCUGGUCAGCUGGAUAACCUAGUAUUGAUCAAUAAAAUCAAGGAGCAGCUGAUGGCAGAGAAGAUCAGACCGCAUCAUCUGCCCCCUGCUUCAGCCCCUUCCCAGCAGCCCCUAUUGGCUACCUCCAGCCAGCCCGAAGGCGGCCAGCAUGGGAUAUCCAAAGCCCAGCAGAUGCCUGUUCUUCACAACCACAGCCCAUCUCAGCCUGAUAUCGCCCUGCACGCCCGCCCUGCCUCCAGCUCAGUCACAGGCCGUAUUCUUGGAGAUGUAAACUUGAAUCUAGAUGACAAGGCAGCUAUAAAAGCCAGAGGAUUAUGGGAAGACUGGCAUCUGCGUCAACUCAUAGAUCAUCCUUCCAGAACAAACCACGUCUCAGGUGUGGCGCUGGCAUCCAGAACAGGCAACCUAAACACCUCGGAGAUCAUCACCCCCACCACGCCCACCUCAAGCAGCCACAGCCGGCUGGGUGGAGCUCCCUCCCCUCACCUCAUCUCAGGGUUGGCCGGCCACGGCAUGGAGCCUGGGAAAAACAGCGGUGGACUCGUGGGACUCCUCGGUCCUCCUCCAAAGCAGGAACGAGGACGCAAGAAGAUAAAGGCAGAGAACGGGUCAUCUCUUUUGGUGGUGCCCUACCCAUUUCUAGCCUCAGGCAACGACCAGUCGUGCAUCACCAUUGCUGCCAAAGAGGGAAAAACCUACAGGUGUAAAGUUUGUCCGCUGACCUUCUUCUCUAAGUCAGACAUGCAGAUUCACUCCAAAACACACACAGAGGCGAAGGCUCACAAGUGCCCUCACUGCACCAAGUCCUUUGCGAACGCGUCCUACCUAGCCCAGCACCUGCGCAUACACCUGGGCGUCAAACCUUAUCGCUGUACCUACUGUGAGAAAUGUUUUCGCCAGCUCUCCCACCUUCAGCAGCACACCAGAAUCCACACAGGGGAUCGGCCUUAUAAAUGUGCCCAUCCUGGAUGUGAAAAAGCUUUUACGCAGCUGUCUAAUCUGCAGUCUCACCAGAGGCAGCACAACAAAGACAAGCCCUUCAAAUGUUCCAACUGUUACCGUGCCUACUCAGACUCUGCCUCACUUCAAAUCCACUUGUCUGCACAUGCCAUAAAAAACGCCAAGGCCUACUGCUGCAGCAUGUGCGGCAGGUCGUACACCUCUGAGACCUACCUUAUGAAACACAUGUCUAAACACGCAGUGGUGGAACACGUGGUGUCUCAUCACUCCCCUCAUCACAGGACAGACUCUCCCGCCAUCCCUAUACGGAUCUCCCUCAUCUGAGCCCUUCACGCGUCUCCUGCCCUCCUGUUUUCUGUGACAUCGUCACUUUGGUCCUCUGAUGAACCACACAGCCCGCUACUGGGAUCCAAAAAAAUGUGCCAGAUUGCCAGUAUUUUGUGACGAGGUGCUCUUUUAUUGAGUAUAUCCUCCUGUCCUUCCUUGCUGACCAGACAGUAUUAUCGGGGGCAUCCAAAGAUGAUUUCUCAGCACUUUCCGGCCUGAAAAUCACAGGCCUAAAAUUUCAUUUUUCUAUGUGACUUCACAGAAAAAAAAAAUGCUCCAGGCAGCUACAUGGAAAACCUUUUUAACCUUUUUUUUUGUGUGUUUCACAGAUUUAUUUGUCUUUUUUAUACAGUCCUUUACUUUCUUUACUCUUUACAAAAUAAAUAUAUUUGCAUCAGAAAUAGUCUUCCAUUAGCUGAGUGGCCAAGUUAACAUAAAAGUGAAUGCUUAUAUACUGUGUAGCUAUUCAUGUAUAUCGUGCCACUUCUCAUGUCAGCUUCGUCAGCAACGUUUCAUCAACCACAUGACCGUAAUACACACAUCUUAUUAUUCUUAUUACUUUCGGACUGCUGCCAAGUUCAAUCUGAGCCGCUGUGACUCAUUAUCAAAUUUAGUUUUUAAUCCUUUUCUUUUUUUUUUAAAUUUUAGUUUUUGUAUUGUUAAACAAAUAUGCUCAAAGCAAUCCUGGAGAACUCAGUUUAAUCUGGUCGAGGUUUAAAAGUUCUGAAUGAUGAGCACUGUUAUAAAGUGUCUCAUAAAAAUAUACUAAAUAAACCUCCAAGCCACUGAAAAAUGAAAUAGAAGCUGUCAUACAACGAAUGCAAGAGGUUCUGCAUUCAGUAGUGUUACAAAUGCAAGGAACAAUGUUUCAUUACUCCACCCAUAAAAGGCAAAAUACCAAAAACAGCCCUCACGUGAUAACCUUUAAUCAGUCUAGCUUUCAAGGUUAUCUUCUAUUUCACCUCUGAGUCACUUUCUGUGCUUCUGUUAACUUUAGAUUGCUCACAGAAACUGGGAGUAAACGGUGGACUGAAUUUCACUCAUUUACUCACAAGUUAAAUGUUUUGGGAAACAAGUGCACAUGCAGGGGUGGAGGGCAAACACUGGUGGGAAACACCCGUGUCUGCAAUGCCCCAUGGGCUAACGUCACAGUUCAGGUUGUUUACGCUGAAGAUUCUAGAUGUCUCUCAGAAAGUGACUGUAAAGCUCUGUGUUAUGAAUUGAAGGCUUAUGGUUAAAAAUAAAUGAGUAUGCUCCUGGUCAUGCUCUCAACCUGAUGCGCCACCUUGGGGCAUGAAUACCGUGGACUGUUCCGCUGAAGACCGAGAUGAUGCUCAACAUAGAAGUCCAUUUGACACAGAACCCGCACAUGUAUGUGUGACUCUGAUGGGCACUGCAAAUGGAAAAUGCAAGAUGGAAGCAGUACAGUGCUUCACAGGGGCCAAAUUUAAAAUCAGAGAGGUUUUUGCUUCUUAUGGGCGGAGUUAAAAAAUGUUAUAUGUUGUAACCCAAACAUGUGUUACUCUCAGUUUAAGUUAAAACUGAAAAAAUGGCAAUGUAUAAUCACUUAUCUUGCCAAAUUUAUAUUUGUUUGUGUGUGUGAGUGUGUGUGUUGUGUGCAAUUUGUUUUGUCCGUUUUGUAUUUAAUCUGGUCUUAAAAUAAACCAAUGUGGUGGCAAGACUUCCACCACCAUUAUUUGACAAUAAGCUUUUUCCUUUUUGGUUGUGUAAUCAAAGCAUCAGCCUUAUUUGAAUAUGUAUUUUUUAAUUGAUUUAUGAAUGAAUAUUUUGUCAUUUUAUAUGCAUUUAAGCCUUAAUUUAGUUACAAUUCUACAUUUCAUUUUGUUGUUGGCUUAACAUUUGCCUUUUAUGUUAUAGCAUGACGUAUACUGUAAAUAAACUAUACCUACUGUCAACCCAUUUUAUAUUAAA